UAUGGAAACUGGCAACCCCAAGAGAGGAAGUGAUUUGAGCGUGAGACGGCAAUUUAAUGUUUCGUUUCAGAGUUUCAUAUAAACUGGUGACCAGCUACAGUGUACAUUGGCUGUACUGCAAUACAUUGAUUUCCCCAAAAGGCUUCAGGAGCUUGAGCAGCAGGAAGUUGACGACCAUGGUGGACUCCCAGUACUUCCUGCCAAACGACAUCGGCGUCUCCGCCCUGGAUUGCCGCGAGGCCUUCCGUCUGCUGUCGCCGCGGGAGCAGCUGUACUCUCACUUCCUGUCGCGGGCGGCGUGGUACGGCGGCCUGGCCGUGCUGCUCCAGACGUCGCCGGAGUCCUCCAGCAUCUACGUGCUGCUGCAGAGGCUGUUCCGGGGGCAGGAUCCCGACCAGCUGGGCGAGGUGGCUACUGCUGCUGGGCUCAGCACUGAGGAGUACCAGGCCUUCCUGGUCUAUGCUGCUGGCCUGUAUGCCAACAUGGGAAACUACAAGUCUUUUGGAGACACCAAGUUUAUCCCCAACCUGCCCCAGGAGAAGCUGAAGGCGCUGGUGUGGCGCAGCCAGGCGUUCAAGGAUGGUCCGGCCGACAUGGAGGCCCUGUGGGACAGCUGCUCCACGCGCCUCUACUCCCUGGAGGAGCGCCAGAAACAGCUGGGCCUGGGGGACAAGGGAACCACCACCUACUUCUCAGGUAACUGUGGUCUGAAGGAUGCAGAGCUGGCCCAGAGGUUCCUGGACUCCAAGAAACUGAGUGCCUACAACACUCGUCUAUUUAAGAAGGAGGGAGGAGGGAAGACGUGCUACGAGGUCCGCCUGGCCUCUGCUGUGACCACAGACUGUGCCGUGGAUGGCGAGGGGGAGACGUGCUGCGGCAGGUUUGAGUUUGAGGGCUGUGUGUUCACGGUGCAGAGAGGGGACUACGCUCACCUCAUGAAGAAGGCCAGUGACAACCUGCACAAGGCCCAGGCUCAUGCUGCCAAUGAGAACCAGCGGCGCAUGCUGGAGGAGUACGAGCGCAGCUUCACUCUGGGCUCGUUGGACGCUCACAAGGAGGGCUCGCGCUACUGGAUCAAAGACAAGGGGCCAAUCGUGGAGAGCUACAUAGGCUUCAUUGAGAGCUACAGAGACCCGUUUGGAUCCAGAGGAGAGUUUGAAGGGUUUGUUGCGGUGGUGAACAAGGCGAUGAGCGCUCGUUUCGGCAGCCUGGUGGGCUCUGCCGAGGUGCUACUGCCAGAGCUGCCCUGGCCACAGGCCUUCGAGAAGGACCGCUUCCUCAAGCCUGACUUCACCUCCCUGGACGUCCUCACCUUCGCCGGCAGCGGCAUCCCCGCUGGCAUCAACAUCCCCAACUAUGAUGACAUCAGGCAGUCGGAGGGCUUUAAGAACGUCUCCCUGGGCAACGUGCUGGCGGUGGCCUACGCUACCCAGAAGGACAAGCUUACCUUCCUGGAGGAGGAGGACAAGGAUGUGUAUAUCCAGUGGAAGGGGCCAUCGUUCGAGGUGCAGGUGGGCCUUCAUGAGCUGCUGGGACACGGGAGCGGGAAGCUGUUCGUCCAGGAUGAGAAUGGAAAGUUGAACUUUGAGAAGGAGAAGGUUGUGAACCCAGAGACUGGAGAACCGAUCUCCAGCUGGUACCAGGGCAGUGAGACCUGGGACAGUAAGUUCUCCACCAUCGCCUCCUCCUAUGAAGAAUGUCGAGCGGAGUGUGUGGGGCUCUACCUGUGUCUCAACAAGCACGUGCUCAGCAUAUUUGGCCACGAGGGCCAUGAUGCGGAGGAGGUGGUUUAUGUGAACUGGCUGAACAUGGUGCGAGCUGGGCUGCUGGGGCUGGAGUUCUACACCCCUGAGAGCCAGAGCUGGAGACAGGCUCACAUGCAGGCCAGGUAUGUGAUCCUGCGCGUGCUGCUGGAGGCGGGCCAGGGCCUGGUGACGCUGCAGGAGUGCAGCGGGGCGGACGGCCUCCCCGACGCCCGCGUCUCCAUCGACCGCUCCAAGAUCCACACGGUGGGCAAGGGCGCCAUCGAGAAGUUCCUCUGCAAGCUGCAGGUCCACAAGUCGACGGCGGACGUAGAAGGGGGGCGAAGCCUGUACGAGGGCUACUCUGCUGUGAGCGACAGCGGAACUCACAACUUCAUGCGUCUGAGAGAGACCAUUCUGCUGCGGAAGGAAGCCCGCAAGAUGUUUGUCCAGGCCAACACCAGAGUCAAAGGAGACGCAGUGGAGCUGGUGGAGUAUGACGGCAGCGCCGCCGGUCUCGUCCGCUCCUUCGUGGAGCGUUUCCCCGACGACGCUGAGGAGGUGGAGGCGGAGCUUCUGGCGCUGAGCAAAAAAGACUGCGCCUGCUGGUGCUGAUGUAACCUGGGAGGGCUUGAGGGCUUCUAGAACCCCCCGCGCCCUGAAACCUUCUAGAAAACCUGCCGAUUGGAACGUUCUAGAACCUCCCACUCCCUGGAACCUUCUAGAACACUAGAAUGUUCUAGAAGUUUCCGGGAACUUGCAGAGACCUCUUGGUCCAUCUGGGAGGAGACGAACGGAGAGACUGGACCCGGGGUUGUCUGGCUGGUUGAGCCACACACAGCCAGCCACCAAAGCAAGCCCUCCAGUUAUGUUGACGUGUUGGAACAGCUAGUUGUGUCUCAGACUUUGAGAAGGUCUCAUGCUGAGGGCACUGUGAUGCCAGCCUGCCUAUGCAACAAUAAACUGGGUCUCAACCACA